AUGAAGAUGGGAAUGAAGAUUGAGACCAGAGCUCGAGGCAGGCUUCUAACGGGCACCAUACAUAUUCUAAAUGAAGAAGUUUGUCGUCUGCCUCCUUCUUCCCAAACCCACGGCAUUUUUGUUGGCAGGUUCUAUUCAUUGCCUUCCCACUCUAAAAUCAGAGCCACACACCGAGACCCAUUGUUGUCAUAUUUCCAUUGUUUUCGAGAAACUUGCUGGAGUCUGGACGAACUACGACAAGGGCGAUCCCCGCCUAAGAGCCCGCCGUGGAUGAAGAAGAUCCACACGAAGAAGGAAUUUAGAUCUGCCACAUCACCACUCUGUCCAUGCAUGCCCGCUAAUAUUGUCUCUUCUUGGGAUAUUACCAUCUACAAUUGCGCCCCCAUACAAACUAACAUCUACCAAACGUAUUCGAAGGGCGCCGAUUGUCCAGUCUACAAUCCCAUACAGAGACGCAUACAAAGAUUUGUAGCCAUUCUGAAGGCUUCUCAGAUCCAAUACCAUUGGAUCAAUAGGCGAUUUUUUUUUAACAGCUAUGAUUGGAAGCCGUUUAGCGGGGAGGGCAAGAAUGAGGUAAACUCGGCGUUAAUGGGCGAGAUGCUCGAGAGAAAACCAUCGAAAUACUUAACUGUUCCCAAUAAUAAUACACCCAAACUCCCGCUCAUCUGCAUGUACGCUCUAUCUGUUCAAGUCCCAUAUUUCCGAAACUAA